AUGCCGCGACUGCUGACCUACCUCGGAAUCCCCAUCGCCCUCGGCGUUCUGGCAGUCCAAUUCCUCUCCGGCCCCGGUACCAAAUCUCACGACGUAUUCGGUCUCGGACGACCCCUAAACUUCACCACACACACCUGUACUUCCAUCCCCGAACUCGAAGCAUGCGAAGAUAUGUGGCUUCACCGACCCUCCGGAUUGCUCUACCUCGCUUGUUCCGACAUCAAAGGCCGUAUGGCUUGGACUCCUGCGAUCGACGCCCUGGAUGUUAGUGGAAGGCCUAAUACGGAUUAUGUUGCUAUCUUGGACACUAAGGCGACCGGUCCGAUCGCUUCGAGGAUCACCACGGUCAAGCCGACCUCGUAUACGGGAACUCUUAAUCUGCACGGUAUUUCAGUGUAUGAAAUCCCGGCCAAGAGUGCAGAGUUGAAGCCGACGUUGAGGAUCUUUUUGAACAAUCAUAGACCACCGAUCGACCCCGUGACCAAGACUGUUUUGGAUGCGACCAAGAUGGGAGCCAACUCGACGUUCGAGCUGUUCGAAACUACCCUCGGCGAUGGCAGAAUGCGACACAUCCGAACGUAUAUAGGGGAGGCGAUUAGGACUCCCAACCGCCCCGCAGCAGUAGGACCGGACAGUUUCGUCUUUACUAACGACCACAAGACCAAAACCGGACUUGGCAGGAAACUCGACUUCCUUCUCCCCCGAAGUGACCUCGGCUUUUGCGACAAGACCGGAUGCAAAAUCGCCAACCCCGGCCCCUUCCCCUACCCCAACGGAAUCGUCAGGAGCCACAAACACGCAAACCGAUUCUACGUCCCCGCAUCAGCCGCACCCGCAAUCCGCGUAUUCGAACUUCAAUCCGACAACACCCUUACUCUCAUCGACGUCAUUCAUAUCGGAUAUCCUUCCGACAAUCUCACCGUUGAUGAAGACGAUAAUAUCUACGCAGCUUGUUUCCCUAAUGUCCCGAAGUUGUUGGCUAAGUUUGCUGAUCCGUAUGACAAAAAGUCGCCCAGUACAGUGCUCAAGAUCAGCGCGAACACAGGGAACGAUAGGUUCUACGGGAAGAAGUGGAAUGUGGAGAAAAUGUUCGAGGACGAUGGAACUGGGAUGAGCGGUGCUACUACCGCUCUUUGGGAUAAGGAGAAGGGUGGGUUGUGGCUUGGAGGCGUAGCGAGCAUCAGUGCUUUCUGCAAGCUUUGA